GGCUGAGGAGGGCUCCCCCACCUCGCCUCAGUCUCCCCACAGCAGGAAAGAGGCGCCGGGGCAUGGGCCGGGAGCACGGGCUUCCGCGUGGACAUGGCGGAGGGACGGCACCACCUGCUGGCCACUCAAGCACACUUCCGUCUUUUCUCCAAGGAAAUGGCCCUGGACCCUUUGCCUUGCUCCCCUCACGUGAUCUCUCCAGCCUUAAUACCCAGGAGCCUGAGCGCGCAGAGCCUACGGUGGCCGAAUGACCGCGCCACCAAACCUCGCGAGAAGGAUGAAGCUCCUCCCACUGGGCGCGCCCCCAGCCACGCCCCCCUGGAAAGAAGGCUCGACCGCCAUGGAAGGGCAGGCUCCUGGCACCGGGGACAGGCCCUUGGCCGAGGCCCACGUUCAUUUCCAUCGCGGGGAGUAUGACAAGGCCGAGACGCUCUAUUCGGCCUACAUUCACCAGUGCACCUGCGCAGAUAGGGGAGCGCACGCCGCCCCCCAUUGCUCCCGCGAGGAUUUGGCCACGGCCUACAACAACAGGGGCCAGAUCAAAUAUCUUCGGGUGGACUUCUACGAAGCCGUGGACGACUACACAGCUGCCAUCGAAGCCCUUCCCCAGUUCGAGGUCCCGUAUUACAACCGAGGCUUAGUAUUUUACCGGAUGGGACACUUCGAUGACGCUUUGGAAGAUUUCAAGAAAGUGUUAGCCUUGAAUCCUGGCUUCCAAGAUGCUGUGCUGAGCCUAAAACAGACUAUUUUAGACAAAGAAGAAAAGCAAACAAGAAAUGAUUAAAAACUCUGCUGUCGUUCCAACCUUUACUGAUCUCCCCCCCCCCCCCCCCCCCAGAUAGCCUGAAAGGUGUUUGUUAUUGACCCAAACUAGAAUUCCUGGAGUUCUUUUCAUUCACAUUUAAGGUAGAGAUGGGGGCCAAGACGGGCCGGGCCUUUGCUUGGUUGCUUCAGAGUGAGAAAACAAGGCUAAUCAUUUCGCUUGUGCUAAGUAAUGCUUCUUGUGUUCCGCUGUCUGUAGGUGAGCUUUACAGCUGUGUGCAGUCUCUCUUUAGUCACCCUGUUUGGUAGUAGGCCUAUGAUGAAGCAAACAGGCGAGUUUAAAAAAAGGAAAGGAAGAAAAAGCCUUUUCUUAGCAAAAUCGAAUUGUGUUGUCAAGAAAGUACUUUGCAUGCCUUUACAGCCUACCCUGUCCUCUUCCUCCUGGGCUUCUGUGGAGUCAGUGUCUGUGUGGGGCCGAGAUGACGACCCUACAAGAACUGGCAGAGGAUAGUUUGAUUUUUCUGGUCCAAAAUGUUGUUAAAGUGUUACAAAAAAUAAACCCCCAAAUACA